AAAAGAAAAAGAAAAGGAGACACCUUUACAGGCAAGAAGGCCAUUGAUUGAUUGAAAGAGCUUGCGGAUUAAUCUCUACCUUAUCCCUCAAUAAUAUUGCUAAAAUCCAGAAAUGCGGCGUAAUUGCUGCCAUGUAUCGUUCGCUUCCACUCUCAAGAUCCUCAAUUUUGUACAAGCUUUCUUCGGUGUUUCCAUCAUAAUCUACUCCAUAUGGAUGCUCGAUCAAUACCACCGUCACGUACCCGUCGACCCUCCACCGUCGUUGAAGAAUCCUGUUGAUCUCACGGCAAGCUUCGUUGUUGGGUCUAGUGGGUUUAACCUCCGUUCGUUGGACCUUCCUGCUCCAUGGUUCAUCUACUCUUUUAUGGCGGUUGGUAUUUUGGUCUGCAUUGUUACCAUAAUUGGUUUCAUAGCUGCUGAAGCUAUCAAUGGCUGUUGCUUGUGUUUCUACUCUAUUCUCAAAACUCUGCUCAUUCUACUUGAAGCCGCCCUUGUAGCAUUCAUCGCUAUUGACCGUCACUGGGAAAAGGAUCUUCCGUAUGAUCCAACUGGAGAACUCAAUAGUCUUCGAGUAUUCAUUGAGGAAAACAUCGAUAUAUGCAAAUGGGUCGGGAUUGCUGUGGUAGCGGUCCAGCUGCUGUCACUGCUACUAGCCAUGGUUCUCAGAGCUAUGGUUUCUCCCGGGAGACCCGAGCUUGACGAUGAGGAAGACUAUGAGAACCCGAGGAGUAGAGCUUGGGACCCACUUCUUGGUUCGCAAGGAAACCAAGCGUCUGCUGGGCCAAGCAAGAUUGAAAACUGGAGCUCUCGAAUCAGGGAAAAGUAUGGAUUGAACCAAAGCCAGGCGGUGAACCCGAAAGGCUGAUGAAGCCAAAUAAACAUGAUUCUGAAACUCCAUGCGUCCAUAUACUCUCUGUCAAGCUCUUUUCUCUAUGUUUUGCUCUCUGUAACUUCUCUGAGUGUGCAUAGAUAUUUAACCCGAAAACAAUGCCGUUUUGUGUCUCACACGAACCGCAUUUGCAUCUCUAUUUGUGUGUUUGCUUGUAGAAUCCUUUCUUCUCCAAACAACAUUUUAAAAUUGGCAUUUCAACUA